AUGGCUGAAGCUGCGGCUGGAAAUGAUACCCCGCCUUGGUGGGCGGCUUUUCCCACCCCCAAGGCCAAGUCUCUAGAGAUCGAAGCUGAGGAGGUCAUGAAGUUGCUUGAAGCCCAGGCUGCAGCUGGAAAAGACACGCCUCGCGACUUUCUCCUUGUAGACGUCCGUCGUAAUGACUGGGAGGGUGGCACCAUAUCGACGUCGAUCAACUUCCCCGCCCAGACUCUGUACCAGACGAGACCCGUCAUCCAUCAGUUGUGUAAGCAAGCUGGUGUCAAGCGUGUUAUAUUUUAUUGCGGUAGCAGUAACGGCCGCGGUCCACGCUCUGCGAACUGGCUGCAGGACUACUUUGACGAGGUCGGUGAGACUGCUGUGCAGGCCGUCAUCCUCAAGGGCGGCAUCAAAGGCUGGGUGCGCAAGUAUGGCGGCCGCAUGAUGGACUGGUAUGAAGAGAAAGCCUGGCCAGAUCUUGCAAAAUAA